UUCUGACCGCCAUCGCUCGACGUCCAUGGAUCCUCUCGCAGCGUUCCCCGAGGGCUCCGAGUCGAGAAGUCAGAGCCAGGCUGAGAUCCAGCGGCAGCAACUGCGGCGACGCGUGGAUGCAGCUGUCAAGACAAUGAUGGAAGGCUACAUCGCCGCAGUGGAAGCAGCAAAGGCCUCUUCCGAAAGUGAUCGUGCUGUGAAUCAUUAUGUGCAGUGCUGUUACACCGCAGCAAUGGCCCGGGCGGCCGAAGACCUGCUUCGAUUGGCGGGCGAGUUGAGCGUAGCUCGAGCGGCUGGCGGCACGGACCGUGUCCAAGCGCUGAGCCAACAGAAAGAGCUCGAAAAGAAGGUGAAGAGAAGCAAUCCAAGGUAGCUCGCUCUCAGCGGGAGGGAUUAGGGAUGGCUUCGAGGACGCCUUGGCUCUUG